AUGGAGAUAAUUACAGAAUUCAAGGAGCAAGGAUUGAAUACCGAAUUGUACAGCAAGAAAAAAGACAGAGGGGAUACUUAUAGUAUUGUACCCACAAGUGCUAUCAGUGGUGAAGGCAUACCUGAGAUGUUGUUGCUACUUGUCCAAUGGGCUCAGAAGACAAUGAUUGAAAAACUUACAUACAGCAGUGAUAUUCAGUGUGCAGUAUUGGAGGUUAAAGUGAUAGAAGACCUUGGAACAACCAUUGAUGUGGUUUUGGUUAAUGGUGUGCUUCAUGAAGGAGAUGAAAUUGUUGUUUGUGGCUUUCAGGGGUCAAUUCAUACAACAAUCCGAUCAUUGUUGACUCCUCACCUAAUGAAGGAACUCCGAGUAAAGAAAUCAAAGCUGCACAAGGGAUUGAUUUACUUACUUCAUUUCAUAGACCCUUCUCUUUUACUGUCCCAUGUGGAAGAUUUCCCAAACAGAUUGAUUUGUGGUACGCUGCUAAUGGAGACACAAGAUGGAGGUGAUGUCAAAGGAGAAGUUUCUCCUCGUGACAUAGUUUACACACAGGCUGCUGGAGGUGAAGAAGACCCAAACAUCUUUCACAUGCUUGAUCUUCGCUUUGAAGGAAUAAGCUGGCGUGAUGAUUCACUUGCAUUGAUAUAUGAAGAUUUGUACUCGGACCCAUGCUGCGGAGAACUUCUUAUGGGACUUAUGUUAUUGCCAAGGGAACCCGAUAAUUCUGGAAAUUGUCAACAGAUCUUCUUAGAGCUAAUGAAAGUUCCACGUUUGGAAGCUAAACUCAUAGUUUACUCUUAUAAGUUGCAGUUUAGUACACAGGUUUCAGAACUUAGGGAUAAGCUAAACAUUGUUUAUUUAUCAGUAGAACAGAUUAGCAGUUCUGUAAAGUCGAGGAGAGUGCUGCUGACAACUUUUUCUCUUGGAAAUGCUUUCAACUAG